AACAACAAAAAUUCAAACCCAAGUGAUUGUGGGUUUUGGUCAGAGUGGACUACAAACCCUUCUAAACACGAAAUGGAAGACUCUUGUUUCUUACUUACAAAUUCCACACACCAACACCAACACCAACAAUCUCUCUCUUUCACAUUCUUAAUUUCCUCGUAAUCUUUGCGCCAAAGCAAAAGCUUCUUCACUUUCCCAACAAAUUCCUCUCCUCUCUCCUCUCUCCUCAUUAACAUCUUCACAAUUUUCAUUUUUCCAUCUCUCUGCACCCCCUCAGGGCGCUCUCCAAUUAAAGUUUUGUUCUUUCUUCUCUUCCAGCUUUUCAUGUUCAAUUAUUUGCGCAGAUUUUUUGUCAGCUCCAAGCACCUAUCCGAUCAUGGUUGCUAUAGCUAGAUUGUGUUGGGAGAGCUUUGCUUCCUGAAUUUGGUCCACUUGGUCUUUGACACACUUCUGAGUAAAAUUUGUGGCUAAGACACAAUCUUUUGACUGUAAUUAGUUACAUAUUUGGAGUAAGAUGUCUGGUGAAUUGGUUCCCAAACUUCGGGUAGUUAGAUGUCCCAAAUGCCAGCUACUUCUUCCAGAGCCUCCAGGGUGUGUUUUGUACAAGUGUGGUGAAUGUGGCACUACACUUCAAGCUAAGAAACGAACAAGUGUGUCUAUGAACUCAGAAUCCAGUAUACAAGAUAUUGAUGCAGCUCCUAGAAAUGUAUUGAAGACAAAAACAACUACUUCUUCGGGAGAAUAUCACUUGGAUGGAAAUGUUGGAAAGGGUCAAAAUGAAAAUGGUGAAUGCAAUGUGGGUCAGCUUGUACCUUGUAUUGUUUCGGAUGAAGGAAUGGAAACUGAGUUGGAUAUCUAUAAAUUGUCACACAGAAGGCAUAGAGUGUCCAACAAAGGAUUUUCAACUUCAUAUAAGAUAACUCACUCUGAAAUUGAGGAGAUACAUGAUGAAAACUUACUAGAAGAAUCAAAAGAGGAAUCAGCUUUUGCAUGGGAUGAAGAUGGAAAUAAUGAUAAAUCAUCUUUGGUAGGGGUGAAAUCUGAAAAGGAAAUUACUGAAGGUGAUUUGGAAGGAGAAGAGGAGUUAAUUUCUGAAUCAGGCGGAGAAGAUGCCAACAAAGACAAAUCAACUCUAGCAGGUGCAAACCCUGAGGUGCAAAGUACUGGAAGUGAUGCAGAAGGAGCAAAAGACUUAAAUAAUGGAAACUUAUUACAAGAAGGAGCAGAGGAGGAAUUAAGUUCUGCAUUGGAUGGAUUAGAUGCCAAUAAUGAUAAAUCAGCUUUAGUUGGUGAAUACCUUGAAGUGGAGAUCACUGGAAGCAAUAUAGCACAAGAGCUAAACAGUGAAAGAUUGGAAUUAGAGGGAGCAGAACAUGCAUUUGAUGGAGAAGAUUCCAACAAUGACGAAUCACCUGUAGAGGGUGCCAAACCUGAAGUGGACACUAAAGAAAGUGCUUCUACUACUAAAAGGUCAAGUAGAGAAAAUAGUGGUAGCAUUUUACAUGUUACUCCUGGUAAACUUGAGGAAGUUAAAUCUUCUAAUCAUGUAACUUCUAAUAAACAACAGAAGCAAGCUCAGAAGAAUGUUCACCGUGGCUCCAACUGUGUAAGGUCUAUGGAUAUAUCAGAUACCACAGAAAUAGUUGAUCACAGUUCAGAGCUUAGUGGUGUUGGAAAAUUGUCUAAAUCUCCAACCAAUAGAAGCUCUUAUGCUUAUGAUGGAAGCCCCUCUUCUUAUGAUGGAAUGGGUGAUCGGUUAUCUAUCCAAAACUCAGGUUCUUUUGACAACACUAACACCAUUGAGCAUGGUGUUUCUGAGGGAAGGAUCAGAAAGGGUAAAGGCGUUGUGAAUAGCGCAUUACCUAGAGACCUUGAAACACAACAUCAAUCACAUUUGCCCAAUGCAAAGCAUCAUGCCAUGAAAGAAAACAGAGGGACUCAAAACAAAGUGCUUGAGACUACAAGACAUGGUCAUAGACGUUGGAUGAGAACAAAGAGAGAUGAGUUUCUACCUAAAAUUCCUUUCCAGAGAAGUGGUUCCCAUUCUCACUAUGAAAGGGGUGGCUCUUCAUACCAAAUACAUGAUGAGCUCUACCACAGCACAAGCUUUCUUUCACCUGAUUCCUUUGAGGACCACCAAGAGAAUGUGAAACUGUGGAGAAUGAUUCACAAGUUGCAGGAUCAACUCAACAGGACUCGCUACAUGAGUGGAGAAACAAAUGGAAGAUUGUCCAAGGGUGUCUCUUACAAGGGAAAUCAUGUUUCUCCAUAUCAUAGCCUUGACCUUCAUGAGGGAAGAAGGUUUGCUCAUGGUUUGAAUUACCCUUCUUGUAAUGGAAGAUGUAGUCAUGGAGUCAACUGGCACCAAAGGCACAAUAAAUUCUCACGGAUACCUUAUUCAGCUGAGGCAACAAGCAGUGCACACCAUGUUGAUCACUCUUGUUACCAUUGUUGUUCCCAAGAAAAGCAUUUCUCAGCAGAUAUGCCUCCGCAUGUUCUUUUCCAUCAUGAAGAGUUACAUAGGUCCUAUCCAGGCCUAGAUUGUUGCUCUUUUUCUCAUCAUUCUUAUCCUUCAAGUCCACAAUGGUUCACAAAACUUCCACCAGUAUAUGGACAUGAAACAAAAUCUAAUGAUCAGAGGCAUAGGGCUCCUGAGUUAAGGAAAUAUUUAAGGCAGAAAAAGAACUUGGCUAAGAGACAUCAAAGGCCAGUUGCAGGUGGAGCUCCAUUUGUCACUUGCCCUAAAUGCUUCAAGCUGUUGCAGCUACCUGCAGAUUUUAUCCUUUUCAAAAGGGCAUGUCAUAAACUGAUAUGUGGUGAAUGUUCAGAGGUACUCAAGUUUUCACUGCAUGGAAGUCACAUAGUUUAUUUUUCACCAAAUAAUGCUAUAGUCCCUCCAUCAUGUGACGUUGAUGACCAAAGUGAGGUGAUUAGUAGCAGCAAUGUACUUCCAGCAGCUCAUGCCAACUAUUAUCAUUAUUCACCUGCAGAGCCCAUUUCAUAUUAUGAUGAUUAUGGACUUUCUGUCUCUAAAAGCUACUCCUCAGAAGGAGAGCCAGUUUCUCUGACACGAUUUCAUACCUUGUUGCAUAGCAGUGAACAUGAUAGCAGAAGUGUCUCACGUGGUACAUUUGAGCCUUCAAAAGAGGAGAAGAUUACUCCAAGAUGUUCUAGUUUAAGGAAGGCUACAGUGGAGACAGAUGAAUCAGCUAUCUUUUCCACCAAUUUGUCUGUAGCUAAGAAACUGUCAACACCCCCAAAAACUUCACUUCAUCUACUGAUGGGUUAUUCUUCGCCAAGUCAAGUAAUAAGAGGGACUCGUUCUUCUGUUUAAGGUAAGGAGCUCAUCCUCAGUUGAGAAAAUGAUUUGAGUCAAGAGAAUUAAAUGUUUGUUGAAUUUAAACUGAAGCUGCAAAGAUCAAGAAUGGGGAUUUCUCUGUCAGAAUUUGAGAGGUAGUGAUACAGCAUCCACAUGAUGAUGACUUGAUGUGAUGUUGUUUAUUAGUUUCUUCUUGGAUGCAACAGGUGUAUCAGAAGCAGUUUAGCUCCAUAAUUCAAUUUUAUGUACACCAGUUCUGCAGCAGGUGCUAUGCACUUUCAUGCACAGAAAUUGAUUGUUGUAAAAAUAUGAUUUUGACGUAUGAAGUGUUUAAUGUGGGUAUUUUAAAGUUUUUAAGUAAAUAUCUUUAUAGAAAAUCACCUAAGGGUUAAAAAUACCUUCCU